UCCCCACCUCCUCUGUGUGGAAGAACAAGAUGUUCGUGAUUUGUACACCGUGCGUUAGUAAACAUUUCUUAUGUAAUGGGCUUAGUAUUAAAAAGAAUGAGCCGGUGUGAUCACCCAGUAUUAGUCACCACACACCUGCAGUGUUUCACAUCAACACGGAGGACGCGCUACAGAGGAUACUACUCACAGAGAGAAUGAACUACUUGGAGGGCGUUCCCUUCAAGACCCCUCUGGGCUCUUUGGCAGAGCCCUUGGAGGAGGUGGAUCCGGUCACAGCUCCAGAAAUCACCGUCCCUGACUACCUCCAGAUAUUGAGAAGCACAGAGUAUGAGUUCACCAUGGAAAACUGGAUCUUGACGGGGCUUCGGAGUGGCUGUCUGAGGGAGCAGCGAGCCCCUCAUCCCCCCUGUGGCGGGGAAUCCGCCUCCUGCCCUCCUUACUGGCUGAUGUUCAGCAGUCCUCAGGAGAGACACUUGGCCAACCUCAAGAGCAGUGAGCUGUGGGCUCCCGUCCUCCGACCGCGCAGCCACAGCCUGAGCUCUGCCGACAUCCACCACCGACAGCGCAGCAUCUGGUUAAUCAGCUCUGACUCCGAGCACGAGGCCGGCUACUCUGAGGACGAUGAGGGUUCUUCAGGCGAGGAGAACCGGCCCCACCCCUCUCUAUGUGAAAGGCUGCGAGGUACUGCACCAAAACACCCUUUAUCCAGACUCAAGGACGUCCAUCGAGAUCCCUCAUCUCACCGCUCCAACCCUGUGUCUCCUCGAGGCCUGGGCCUCCACAAAAGGGCUUCCUUGUCAACCCUCCAGGACAGCAUGCAGACCUCCCUCUCUGCAUUGGAGCCGUCCUACUCCAGCAGUCCACAAGCCCAUAGCCAGAGGCUGAGCAGAAGGAGACACCUACAAUUCUCCAAGGAAAGAAAGAACUCCCUGCCCCUUAAGCUGCGUUGUUCUUGUCCUUGUCUCUGUUCUCCUCAUUCCAGACCUCAGCGACCUCGGCCGUCCUCGGCAGGGCCAAUUGUCAAAAACCACAGCAACAAGGCUCCUUGGCCCAGAACCUCCCAUGGCCUGGUACUUGAUUCAUCUUCAGAGCUUCUCUCAGCCCUCAGCCAGAAAGAGAGAGAGCUACUGGAGGUCAUCACAAGACAGGGGUACCAUCUACGCACAGCCAUCCUGGCCCUACAGAAGACAGGCUACAGCAGUCCAGAGAAAGAAACUGGUAGCAGUAUCCUGGUCUUGUGCCCACAGAUCAUAAACUACCUGGUUGCUAGUGAGUGGUUAUGCGAGCUGGGAUACGACGAGACACAGGUAGAAGAGGCACUUGAGAUGUUCCAGAACUGUGAGAGCAAGGCUGCAGAGUUCCUGCGUCUCCUGACACAGUUCAAUGAGAUGGGAUUCCAGCAGAGUGCUAUUAAAGAGGUGCUGCUCAUCCAUGAAAACCACCGUGAGAGGGCCCUGGAGGAGCUUAUGACAAGGGUGGCUUAAGUCACAGCACAUCUUGUACCUCAGGGGAGUCAGGUGGCUGAGCGAUUAGGGAAUCGGGCUAGUAAUCAGAAGGUUGCCGGUUCGAUUCCUGGCCGUGCGUGAUGACGUUAGGUCCUUGGGCAAGGCACUUUACCCUACUUGCCUCGGGGGAAUGUCCCUGUACUUACUGUAAGUCGCUUUGGAUAAGAGCAUCUGUUAGAUGACUAAAAUGGACUAAA